AUGUCGUGGUGGAGCGAUGGAGAACUCUCUGCACUCGUGCCGUGUAGCCCGGUGAAUUCCAGGCUCUCACCUGUCCGAUUUGUUGCUCUUCCUUCUUCUGGAGAGCAGAAUGAGCUUAGGAGAAGGCUCUCAGCCCUGUCCUGCAGCUGUGUCGUAGAGGGAGUGACCUGGGCUGUCCUCCUCCCUGCAGGCUUGCCUGUCUUGGAAGCCAGAGACCUGCUUGAUAAAGACAGUCCCUUCUACAAAGACUGGCAAGGCCUGCAGCUGUGUGGGAUAAUCUGUGCAGUGUUCCUGUGCACCCCUGAAAUCUUGUUCGUCCUGAGUGGCAAAUGCAAAUUCAAACACAGUCAGAAGCAGUGCCCCUUAACUGAGAGAGCCGGUCCACUCCUCACUCUAGGCUCUGCCAGUACCUGCUGA